AUGGGAGAAGACUCAGCGACGACUCACCACGUGGUCGUGGACGUGGACGUGGACAUGGACGUGGACGUGGACGUGGAGGACUUGGACUUGGUCAUGGACGUGGACGUGGACGUGGUCGUGGACGUGGAUGUGGACGUGGACGUGGUCGUGGACGUGGACUUGGACGUGGACGUGGACUUGGACGUGGACGUGGACGUGGUCGUGGACGUGGACGUGGACGUGGUCGUGGACGUGGACGUGGACGUGGUCGUGGACGUGGACGUGGUUGUGGACGUGGACGUGGACGUGGACUUGGACGUGGACGUGGACGUGGACGUGGUCGUGGACGAGGACGUGGACGUGGACGUGGUCGUGGACGUGGACAUGGACGUGGUCGUGGACGUGGACGUGGACGUGGACGUGGUCGUGGACAUGGACGUGGUCGUGGACGUGGACGUGGUCGAGGACGUGGACGUGGACGUGGACGUGGACGUGGACGUGGUCGUGGACGUGGACGUGGAGGUGGACCUGGUCGUGGACGUGGACGUGGACGUGGACGUGGUCGUGGACGUGGUCGUGGACGUGGUCGUGGACGUGGUCGUGGACGUGGACGUGGUCGUGGACGUGGUCGUGGACGUGGACGUGGUCGUGGACUUGGACGUGGACUUGGACGUGAACGUGGACGUGGACGUGGUCGUGGACUUGGACGUGGACGUGGACUUGGACGUGGACGUGGACGUGGACGUGGAUGUGGACGUGGACGUGGACGUGGACGUGGUGGACGUGGACUUGGACGCGGAUGUGGACGCGGACGUGGACUUGGACGUGGACGUGGACGCGGACGUGGAGGACUUGGACGUGGACGUGGACGUGGACGUGGACGUGGUCGUGGACGUGGACUUGGACGUGGACGUGGACGUGGUCGUGGUCGUGGACGUGGUCAUGGACGUGGACGUGGUCGUGGACGUGGACGUGGUCGUGGACGUGGACGUGGACGUGGACGUGGUCGUGGACGUGGACGUGGACGUGGACGUGGACCUGGUCGUGAACGUGGACGUGGACGUGGUCGUGGACGUGGUCGUGGACGUGGACGUGGUCGUGGACGUGGACGUGGUCAUGGACGUGGACGUGGACGUGGACGUGGACUUGGACGUGGACUUGGACUUGGACGUGGACGUGGACGUGGUCGUGGACUUGGACGUGGACGUGGACUUGGACGUGGACGUGGACGUGGACGUGGACUUGGACGUGGUCGUGGACGUGGACGUGGACGUGGACGUGGACCUGGAUGUGGACGUGGACGUGGACGUGGACGUGGUCGUGGUCGUGGACGUGGACGUGAACGUGGUCGCGGACGUGGACGUGGACGUGGACCAGGACGUGGACGUGGACGUGGACGUGGACUUGGACGUGGACGUGGUCGUGGUCGUGGACGUGGACAUGGACGUGGACUUGGACGUGGACGUGGACGUGGUCGUGGACGUGGACUUGGACGUGGACGUGGACGUGGACUUGGACGUGGACGUGGACGUGGACUUGGACUUGGACGUGGAAGUGGACGUGGAUGUGGACGUGGACUUGGACGUGGACCUUGACGCGGACGUGGUCGUGGACGUGGACGUGGAGGACUUGGACGUGGACGUGGACGUGGACGUGGUCGUGGAAGUGGACUUGGACGUGGACGUGGACGUGGACGUGGUCGUGGUCGUGGACGUGGUCGUGGACGUGGUCGUUGACGUGGACGUGGACGUGGUCGUAGACGUGGACGUGGUCGUGGACGUGGACGUGGACGUGGGCCUGGUCGUGGACGUGGACGUGGUCGUGGACGUGGACGUGGACGUGGACGUGGUCGUGGACGUGGUCGUGGACGUGGACGUGGACGUGGACGUGGACGUGGUCGUGGACGUGGUCGUGGACGUGGUCGUGGACGUGGACGUGGUCGUGGACGUGGACUUGGACGUGGACUUGGACGUGGACGUGGACGUGGACGUGGUCGUGGACUUGGACGUGGACGUGGACGUGGACGUGGACGUGGUCGUGGACGUGGACGUGGACGUGGACGUGGUCGUGGACGUGGACGUGGACGUGGACGUGGACGUGGUCGUGGAAUUGGACGUGGACGUGGACUUGGACGUGGAUGUGGACGUGGACGUGGUCGUGGACGUGGACGUGGACGUGGACGUGGACGUGGUCGUGGACGUGGACGCGGACGUGGACCUGGACGUGGACGCGGAUGUGGACGUGGUCGUGGACGUGGACGUGGACGUGGUCGUGGACGUGGACGUGGACGUAGACGUGGUCGUGGACGUGGACGUGGAUGCGGACGUGGACCUGGACGUGGACGAUGUCCACGACCACGUCCAGGUUUAA